AUGACAUUUUAUCACAAUAUUUUCAGCUCGGACUACAUUUCCCAUCAGCCAUUUGUGCUGUCGCGGCUUCAUGUCGUCAUCAUCACGCGCGCGUCUCCUCUCGCUCCAGUGGAUCCAGAGAGUAGACAGGGCUCAAUCUGCCGCUCUCCUCAACCGGGAUUCAGCUCCUCCAAGGCGGACACGCGCACAGCCAUGACCGCUCCACUCAAAGUCUGCAUCGUGGGCUCCGGGAACUGGGGUUCAGCCAUCGCUCGCAUCAUCGGUCAGAACGUGCGCUCGCUGCAGAGGUUCUGCUCCACUGUGAACAUGUGGGUCUACGAGGAGAACAUCCAGGGGAGAAACCUCACCGACAUCAUCAACACCGAGCACGAGAACGUCAAGUACCUCCCAGGAUACAAGCUGCCUGAGAACGUGGUGGCCGUCCCGCGGCUGAGUGAGGCGGCAGAAGGAGCAGACCUGCUGGUGUUCGUGGUGCCGCAUCAGUUCAUCCAGAAACUGUGUGAGGAGAUGGUCGGCUGCGUGUCCAGUAAAGCACGUGGAAUCUCCCUCAUCAAGGGCAUCGACGUGGGACCAGACGGCCUCCGACUGAUCUCUGACAUCAUCCGACAGAAGAUGGAGAUCGACGUCAGCGUUCUGAUGGGAGCCAACAUCGCCAACGAGGUGGCGGCCGAGAAGUUCUGCGAGACGACUAUAGGCAGCAGGAUCCUGGAGAACGGGCUGCUGUUCAAAGAGCUGCUGCAGACGCCAAACUUCAGGAUCAACGUGGUGGAGGACGCCGACACGGUGGAGCUGUGUGGCGCGCUCAAGAACAUUGUGGCGGUGGGAGCAGGCUUCUGUGACGGCCUCCGUUGUGGGGAUAACACCAAAGCCGCAGUGAUCCGCCUCGGCCUCAUGGAGAUGAUUGCCUUCGCCAAACUCUUCUCCUCAGACGCCGUCUCUGAGGCCACGUUCCUGGAGAGCUGCGGAGUCGCCGACCUCAUCACCACCUGCUACGGAGGCCGCAACCGCCGCGUGGCCGAGGCCUUCGCCAAGACCGGGAAGAGCAUAGAGGAGCUGGAGGGGGAGAUGCUGAACGGACAGAAGCUUCAAGGACCAGCCACGUCUGCGGAAGUCUACCACAUCCUGCAGCAGAAGAACCUCGUUGACAAGUUCCCGCUGUUCGUGGCCGUGUACCAGAUAUGUUUCGAGGGAAAGCCGGUGCAGGACGUGAUCUCGUGUUUGCAGAGCCACCCAGAGCACAUAUGGAGGUCUAACGGUGCAGUGAUGUCCGUCUGCUCCGCCCUGCGCUGUGUCACCAGACUGAAGCGGAGGCAUGUCGUUUCCAGCUUGUUCCAGCAGAGGGCGCUGUCAGGAGCAGAGGCUGUGAAUGCACUGAGGCCGUUUUACUUCGCCGUGCACCCAGAUUUCUUCGGACAACAUCCCAAAGAACGGGAGGUGAACGAGAACUCCCUGAAGCGUCUGAACGGAUACCUUGAGUCUCUGCAGCGUCACGGAGCGCGCUCAGUGCAGCCCAUGAAGCUAACCUUCUACGUCCGCGACACGAGCGACGGAGAGGAGCCCGACUCGGCAGGUUUUCGCCCUGUGACCUUCACGCUCCACAGCGGCGACGUCCUGAGCGCGGUGCAGAACGUGUUGAGCUCCUGCGGCCUCCCUCUGGAACACCUGCAGGGGGCGCCGCAGAGCACAGCACGUGCACCUUCCACACCAGCACCGCAGCCUUUCUACAGACCCAUCAAGUGGGACAAGUCCUACUACAGCUUCACCGGCUUCAGAGACCCAGAGCAGGAGCUGCGGCAGGCCCAGCGCGUGCAACCCACUCUCAGUUUGUGGCUGAGGAAAAAUGAACCAGAGGCGACAAAGAAGCACAAGGCCAGUGUCCCGCGGAGAGACGAGCUGCAGAGACUGAAGGCCGAGCUCUGCCACCAGUUCCACCUCACGGACAUCAGGUGGCAGCGCAGGUGGGGUGUAUCUCACAGAUGCUGUCAGCUCCAGAGUCUGAAGCGUCUGUCGCUGCAGCAACCGGAGGCUCUGGUCCCACUGCAGGGUCACACAGUGGUCUUCGCGGACCAGACAGAGAUGGACGCAGGGGGUCAUGUGACGCUCGGGACCAUGGACGUCCACCAUCAGUGGCUCACGCUGCUGUCGGGCCUGUCCUCUCUGCGCAGCCUGCUGCAGCAGUGCCUGUGGCUGAAGGAGCGCAUCAGUCUGCUGCUAGGAGGCGCUGUGGUGCUGCUGCCGGAGCAGAGUGAACAGCGUGUGUCGGAGCACUACAGCGAGCUGAGCCGCCUCCACAAGAGCCUGCUGCAGGAGGGGCUCAGAGUGCACCCUAGGAGUCUGGAGGGGCUCGCUCUGAUGCUGGACAAUCAGCGCUCCUCGCCCGCGCUGCAUGACAGAGGGCACUUCCUGAUCCCCGUGACCUCUGACCUCUUCACGCUGCAGGCCUUCCUCCAGGGCCACGCCCCCGAAGCCCGGCGCAGGACACAGCGCCACCUGCAGCAGAAGCGUGAGGAGGACCUGUCUCUCCAGCGGUGCCUGGUGUCCCUGUCCCUGUCCUCUCUGUCCAAAGACCCCAGUGUGUCCAGUGUCCAGAUGUGGUCCUGCUGCGAGCGGCUGCUGGAGCUGAGGCCUCCUCUGUUGCAGGGUCUGGAGCUGCAGGUCUGCAGCUACUACUCUGUGCUGCAGGACGGGGAGGGAUUGAUUCACCCGGAUCAAGCCUGUGCCGUACCCGGGAGGAGGAUCACCGACAGCCUCGUACUGAUCCGAGACACCAUCUGUUAUGCGAGAGACAGAAACAUUCGGCUAGUAGUCCUAAAUCUAGACUUUGAGAAAGCCUUCGAUCGGGUCUCGCACCAGUACCUCUUUGAGGUGCUGCGAAAAGUGGGUUUACCUGACAGGUUUAUAGAGUGGGUGGGGCUGCUAUACCGUGGGAUCAGCAGCAGAUUCAUUGUUAACGGGCAUUUGACAAAGGCAGUGCAAAUCAACUGCGGUGUCCGUCAGGGCUGUCCGUUAUCUGCCCUCCUGUACAUACUCUGCAUCGAGCCGCUGGCACAGGUCUUGAGAAGGGACCAAAGAAUCAGGGGGGUGGGCAUCCCGGGUGGGGGGGGGCUCACCGCCAAAUGUGUUUUAUAUAUGGACGACGUGAAUGUUUUAUGCACCGACCUUUUAUCCGUCAACAGGACUCUGGACUUGACUGACUGGUUUGGACUGGCCUCUGGGUCUAAGCUCAACAGAGCGAAGACACAAGCCCAAUUUUAUGGACCCUGGACCCCCGACGAGACUGCUGGACUCCCCCUGACCGUGACCCAAGGACAAAAAAUACUGGGAAUCAGGAGAGCGAUUUUAAACCUGGAGAGGGCGGUGUUUUAUUUCAUCUGGGGCUCCAAGUGGGAGCGGGUGAGGAGGGAGGUCCUGAAGAAGCCAAAGGAGAAAGGAGGCAAAGGCGUGCCGGACCUCCCUCUGUUCCUUGGAGCCCGCUUCACCGCCCUUCACCUCGCUCUGGCGACGAGCCCAUCCAGAAACCCCAAAACAACUGCUUUUACAAGAUUCUGGAUGGGCUCCUUUUUAAGAAGGAAAAAGUUUUUACCCAUUGACCUAAGAGUCCCUGAGCGGGAACCAGUGAGCCCGGUGCGCGGGCUCGCAAUCGGCGAGCCCUCACAGGUGUGGCGCAACGUGAACCAUCCUGCUGCCAAACAGACUCCGGGACCUGUCCUGGAUGGUGGCUCAGAGGUCCUCCCAGUCAGGUCCGUACCUCCAGCAGGGGAGGUCCUCACAGCACAGCUGAUGCUGUACGGGGUGGGCCUAAGUCCGAGUGCAAAGAAGGACUUCACAAGAAUCUGGCUCACCCUCGCCGCCACCAAAGACGCCAUAUGGACCUCCAGAAACCUGCUGGUAGGAAGGCACAUGCAGAUCCCCCCCGUGGCUGUGAUCCGGAUGGCAGCAGCCACAGUCCGAGAGGCUGUGGCUGCAGGCGGCGGGCCCUAG